AUGGAUACCGACAAUCACGCGGACGAGACCGUCGCGACGAAUCAAUCGUCGACUACAGCAACACAAGGAGCUCAUGUUUUCAGUCCAGAGUUGUUGAAAAUGUAUUACACCCGCUUGUUUCCAUAUGACUUUAUGCACACAUGGCUCAGCUAUGAUCCUUUGGGGAAAGAACCGCAACUGUUUUCCAGAAGAGAAUUUUCCUUCACAAUUGAACCAGUUCCAGGUGAGGAAAUCUACAUUCGCUACCAAAGUUUCAGUUCGGAACAGGAGUUGAAAGAUGCCAUUGUCAAGAAAAAUCCUCGAAAGAUUGAUAUUGGCGCCAUCUUUUCGCAUCCGCCAAAGGACAAAAAUGCGAUUCAAAACUUCACGACUACUCAGAGAGAACUCGUUUUCGAUAUUGAUCUUACUGAUUAUGAUGAAGUCCGAAGGUGUGGCUGCACUGGGGCAAAAAUCUGCCCUGUAUGUUGGGAGUUCAUGAACAUGGCGGUGAAAGUGAUGGACGAGGGAUUGCGACAAGAUUUCGGCUUUGAAAAGAUUGCGUGGUUCUACUCUGGGCGUCGUGGAGUGCACGCUUGGGUAUGCGAUGAGAGUGCGAGAAUGCUCUCGAAUGAGGCAAGAUCAGCAGUUGCAAACUACUUUGAGGUGUCUUUGAACAAGAAAAACAAAGAGUCUCUUCCGAAUCCACUGCAUCCCAUGUUGGCUCGUGCUCGUGACGUUCUUGAACCAAUGUUUGUUGAGUCAGUGCUGCCAGCAUCAGGACACGGGUUGCUCGCAACGCAAGAGAAUUGGGAGGAACUUCUUGACACAAUGCCAAAUGCUGCCAAGGAGACGGUUGGGGAAAGAAUGAAAAAAGAAUGGCCAAAGUCUGCAUCGGCUCCAGAAGAAAAAUGGGAAGAGCUUAAGAAGCACUUAAAAGUUGUGUUUGGAUCGACAGGCAAAGUGAAAAAGUCAAAGACUGUUGAUGAUAAAGAAAAAGAAGCAAUUCAGAACUGGACCACCGAAACUAUAUUCAAAUUCACGUAUCCGAGAUUGGAUAUCAACGUUUCCAAGAUGCAGAAUCACUUGCUGAAAAGUCCAUUUUGUGUUCAUCCCAAAACGGGUAGAGUCUGCGUACCUAUCGAGGUGGAGAAGGUCGAAGAAUUUGAUCCUUUCCAGGUCCCUACUUUAGACCAGUUGAUGACUGAGCUGGAUAGUUUUGAAGAUGACGGUAGUGGUAGAAAGCUGAAAGACUGGCAAAAGACUAGCCUCAAGGGGUACUUUGAGCCUUUUCGAAAGCAGUUUUUGGAUCCUUUGCAAAGCGAUUUGAGGCGUGUUGCAAGAGCGAAGGCUGAAGAAGUCGCAGCUGUUACUGCAGACUUUUAG